AUGGGUGACCAGGUCGGCGAGGGCGGCGGGCGCCACUGCAGCGGGGGCCACAGCGGGGGCGGGGGCCGCGGCAACGGGGGCGCCCGUGGCGGCGGGGGGGCUGCGGUGUCAGGGGCGGGGCCCGCGGCGUCAGGAGCCGCGACGGCGCCAGCCGAGCCAGCAGCGGAGGAGGCGACGGGCGAUGUCGAGGUCGAGCCUGUCGCGGGAGUGGCGGCGCCGGCCGGGGUGACGGGCGGGGUGCCCACUGGCUCGACCUCGUGGGAGGGAGCCGGGGACCCGAGGGCACGGUCGGACUCAACCUCAGUUGACGAAGUGCGGACUCUACAGAGCCGCAUCCGAAGCCUCAUUGAGAAGGAUAUCGAUCUUGUCAACGUUAUCCAGGUAAUGCUGGUCCGCCGGACCCUGCCGUGCUAG